AUGCAGGCCACGGAGCGGUGGCAACGAGUCGACCAGGAGCGAGUCCGAUUCGAAGACGAAGCUGCGGAUAGACAGGGGAGUGUUGUAAUCGACAGUGACUCAGUGAUUCGACUGUCCAGUGUAGCGGAGAACCUGGGUGGCCUUUUCCCAGACUUGGAGAACUCGGGUGUCUUGAGAGUCAAAAGGCAGUUUGGCGACGGAGUCGACUAA